AUGGAAGAUUGUAAUCUAACUGAUAGAGAAUGCAAAAUAGCUGUUAUGAAGAAACUAAACAAGCUACAAGAGAACUCAGGAGGGCAGUUCAGUGAGCUCAGGAAUAAAAUUAAUGAACAGAAGAAAUACUUUACUAAAGAUACUAAAAGUCUAAAAGAGAACCAAACAGAAGUUCUGGAGCUCCGGCGGAUGGGGAAUGGCGGCAGUGUCGGGGGCGCCUUCCAGCUCUACCUGGACUCUUUGCGGCAGGAACUGCGGCAGAGGGACCCGACGCUGCUGUCAGUCGUGGUGGCGCUCGUUGCCGUGCUGCUGACGCUGGUGUUCUGGAAGUUCAUCCGGAGUAGAAGGAGCAGUCAAAGAGCUGUUCUUGUUGGCCUUUUUGACUCCGGGAAAACAUUGCUUUUUGUCAGAUUGUUAACAGGCCUUUACAGAGACACUCAGACUUCCAUCACUGACAGCUCUGCUGUCUACAGAGUCAACAAUAACAGGGGCACUAGCCUGACCUUGAUUGACCUCCCUGGCCAUGAGAGCUUGAGACUUCAGUUCUUAGAGCGGUUUAAGGCUUCAGCCAGUGCUAUUGUGUUUGUUGUGGAUAGUGCAGCCUUCCAGCGAGAGGUGAAAGAUGUGGCAGAGUUUCUGUAUCAAGUCCUCCUUGACAGUAUUGGUCUGAAGAACACACCGUCAUUCUUAAUCGCUUGCAAUAAGCAAGACAUUACAAUGGCAAAAUCAGCAAAGUUAAUUCAGCAGCAGCUUGAAAAAGAAAUCGAUACUUUACAAGUCACCCGUUCGGCUGCCCCCAGCAUACUGGACAGUUCUAGCACUGCCAGUGCUCCGCUGGGAAAGAAAGGCAAAGAAUUUGAAUUCUCACAGUUGCCCCUCAAAGUGGAGUUCCUGGAGUGCAGUGCUAAGGGCGGAAGAGGGGACGCUGGCUCUGCUGCCAUCCAGGACUUGGAGGAGCGGCUGGCUAAAAUCGCCUGAGGGCCAGAUCCAAACACAAGAUGCGAAUGUGUAUGUGUGUGACUGACAGUUUUGGAAAAGGAUGUGGUAGUCUGGAGUUGAUAAAGAAGGGGUACAAAUAUAGUUAGGAACUUUUCCUUGUUCUGCAAACAAAUUAUUGUUGAAACCAGUGUGGAAGUUUUUAAGUUCAGUUCUCCCUUAUUGCUUUCAAGCUAGUUAGUUUUAUUUGAUUCGUGUCUUCCCUUUUCAAAGUGUAUGUAAGGUCCCUUUAGCAUAUGCUUGAUGUAAGGUCAAGGUCUAACAAGCCGACCUCACGUAGAGAGGAUAUUAUCAUGAGAAUAUAAUAUCAUCUAAAAUGUUUUCUUGUCCUCUGCUUCUGUGCUUUGGUCUCUUUUUCCUGGAAACAAACCUGUCUGUGUAUGGAACUAGGUGAUUUCCAAUUGCCUUUGACAUUCAUGGGCAGUACAUCAUCUAGUCCUCUGUGAAUUUUCAGAUUUGUAGGUGCAAUUACAAUAUGGUCUCCGACAUGUGAAGGAAAGUUGAAAACAGCAGGGCUGUGUUGACAGUGGUCUGUUCUUCAUCAGCUCAGUGACUUGUUCACACUCCAGCCUCAUAGCACUUAGGUUUCAAAAACAUGUUGUGAACCCUAGGAGUCGUCCCCAGGUGUUAGAACUAUAAGUGCUAAAUCCCCAAAUGCCACUAAAAUGUACACUAGAAAUGUACAUUCUACUGGUUUCCCUUAACUGGGGAAUAUAUGGAGAUUUAGAAGCUAUUCUGUUUUUCUGGAUGCAUGAAUGCUCCUGGUCUAUCUUCAUGUGCUGUUUGAUGAGCUCCUAUUUUGUACUGUCAGCUUGAAUGCUCUGGAACAAAUACAAAAUGAAAAAAGUUCUCUGUAGAUUUUUAAAGUACAUAUUCACUGAUGGUUUUUUAAAAAAUGACGUUUUCAAAGUGUUGUUCUUUGCUGUCUUCUUAAAUGUAUGGCUUUUUAAAUGGCUUUUAUAAAUGAUUAAUACAUUUCUUGGUAAACAAAACAGCCUGUCUAGCUUAAAGCAUUUAAAUAGAGUGGUGGAGUAGGUACAAAUAGGAGCACGUUUUAGGAUUCAAGCCCAACUCCAAGUUUCCAGGGCCUAAUGAUUGCAGUGUACAUAAGAACAAGCUCUUCAAUCCCUACUUCACACACUCAGGGACAAGCCAACUAAAGCCUCAAAGGAGGCAAGGGUGGCUGUGGAUAAGUGAGACACUAAUCGCACAGCAGUGCGGGAAGUGCAGUAACAGGAGAGG